AUAUUCGCUUGCGUUCAAAGUACCAUGUUUGACAAUGAGGUUAUGCCAACGAUCAAAUCUUGGUUCAGCGAUACAGGAUAUGAAUUUGAUUAGAAAAAAAAAAGAAGAUAAAAAAAAUAACUGAGUCAUUCUGAAUACGUCGGUUUGUUAUGAACCUUAUGAAGAACACGUAGAUUAUACAGCCUACAUUGCUGGACUUACUGGGAUUUUGUUAUACUAGUUUGGGGUGUAUAGGCGCUUGUGGCUGAAAUUUGCUACUUUACAAGUGGCUAAAAUAUCAAGCGGAACACCAUGGCAUCAUCUGCAGGGAAAGUCCCCGCUUUAGUGACAACGGAGUGGUUGGCCGAAGCUUUAGAGGCUGGGAAGACCCCAGAUGGAAGAUCGAUUCGUCUCCUUGACGCCACAUGGCUCGGUAUGGCAGAUGAAGGUCGGGACGCUCACGGCAAGCAGCACAUUCCAGGAAGUCUCUACAUCGACCUCAACCAGCUCCGCAACAAGGACACUUCGUAUUACUUCACCAUCCCGACUUCGGAGUUCUUUGCCGAGUUCGUUGGGAAGACGCUCGGCAUCGACAACAACACACACGUGAUCGUCUACGAGAAUGACCCUUACUAUAGUAUCAUGACGGCGCCUCGGAUCUGGUGGAUGUUCCGAUAUUUCGAUCACGGCGUCGUGUCGGUGCUCGAUGGUGGACUUCAGCAGUGGGUUGCCGAGAAUCGAAGGGUCACCGAUGAGGCAACACCAGCUCCUCAGCCAGCCAAUUUCAAGGUGACGAGAACGCGUACUGAGAUCUUCAAGAACUUUGAUGAUAUCUUAGAGAACGUAAAGGAAACUAAAUUUCAGUUGAUGGAUAGUCGUCCAGUAGAAUGGUAUGAUGGUACAUUGCCUUCUCCUUAUCCAGGUUUAAAACUCGGGAUCAUGAAGAUGGCAGUCAACAUCCCCUUCCCAAAUAUCCUCACAGAGGGAUCCUCCAAGUUCAAGAAGCCCGAUGACAUCAAGUCACUCUUCCAUUCAAAGGGCAUUGACCUAUCCCGACCUUUGACCUCGACCUGCUUCGUUGGUGUCACCGCUUGCAUCUUGGCCUUUAGCGCCUUCUUGGUCGGGAGGGAGGACGUGGCGGUGUUCGAUGGGUCUUGGGAUGAAUAUUCUCAGAGAGGCCCCGAUGAUUCUAUGACUGUUUAUGAAGUUAAGGUCAACCUGAAUGAUACUGAUGACACUUUCCCGCCUGUGCCGACAUUCAAUAAACAAUAGAAACGACUUCCCUAUGAUGAGCAUCAUGAAUUUACAAUCGAACGUUAUUUACGCUUUCUUGCUUCUAAUGGAGAUUUAUAAAUUUAGAUUGUUGUUAUCAACGAUGUAAUUUGAAAUAAUACUACAUUAUAACUAUCUCAGAACCAAAUAUGUGUGAUACCGCGGAAGGAAUAAUGAUGGGGCCAUUUCAAUUCCACUGACCCUCUCUUUCUGACUUCAUGAUAAACAAAGGUCCGUUCAUAUUCAUACCGUGGAAAUUCCCGGUUCAUAAUUUUUAUAAAGAUAUAAAUUAGUAUAUGAUCUCUUUGUAUUCAUAACUCACGUAUCUCAGUCAAUAAAUAAUUAUAAGAGAAAAAAAAAAUCAUUUUUUUUUAAAUAUCAUCGUUAAAAUGCCGAAUGCUAUCACAACGUUAUUGGUUAAUUUACCAGCAUUAUUUAAGUUAUGACGGAAACCAAAGGACCUCUUAAUGUGAUUGUUUCUUCUAUAUUGUACCGUAUACAUUGUUAAUCUUUCUUUUGAAAAACAAUUAUAACUAACUUUAUAGACGCCGCGGAGUUCAUCCUCUUUCAGAAAAAUAAAUUUAGUAAUUGUCAUUUACACCUCUCAUUGAAUUUCUAAUAAAUUUGUUUCUGAACAUGAA